AUGUCUGAAGAAACACUUGCAUCGGCGGUCGUAAUACCCGAUCCAGAGACAGUUCGCCAAUCACCAGAGUUGACAACAAAGCGACGAAAGUCGUCAGUGUCGGAAUAUGAGAGCAAGCGCCGACGACUGAGCUCUGAAGGCAAUAUCUCCCCGCAAUCUGCGCGCCAUCGCCCGUCUUCUCCGCCAGCUGAAACAAAUGAAAGAUCUGAGAGGAAACCCGUAAGACCGCGCGGUGGCGGCGAGGAAGACCGCAAGCGUGGUCAGCGACUUUUCGGUGGGCUGCUGGGUACCCUGUCUCAGAAGCCGACUAAUGCGGCGCAGAGACGCCGCGCGGAUAUCGAAAAGAAGCAGCAAGAAAAAUUGAAGACUCAAGAUGUGGAAUAUGGCGAGCUGAAGAAGCGACGAAAGGAGCAACGUGAAGAGAUUCGACGAAGGGAAAAGCCGUUGUACGAGCGGGAAGUGAUGCAGACGCGGCAUACGAAUAUGAUCGCCAUGGCACACUUCCUCAAAACACGGACAGAACCCGUUCUGUAUUACAAGCCAUGGCAAUCCAGACCAGGUGACGAAUCAGUGAUAAAAGAGCAGAUUGAAGAAGCAGAAGCUACAGUUGCACGAGAAUUGGCCGAAUUCGAGGCCAAGUACCCGCCAGAGGCCUUUGUCCCUGAGCAACCGCCUCUAGAUCCUCAGGACAAAGCAGAAAAAGCAGCGCAGCCAACCCCAGAACAACAACAGGAAGCAGAUACCCAAACGGACCAGCCUGCUCUCCAGUCUCAGGCAGAGUCUACAGUCCCUGAAUCUAAGGAAGAAGUUCAGAGUGCCCCGGAACCGGUGGGUGUAGAAACUAACGAGGGAGCCUCUGAUCCUAUUCAAACGGAUGGAAUGUCUGCUAACGUGGGGGAGGGUGCUCAUGAUCAGCAUGAAGCACACCGCGAUGAUGACGGAGGUGAGGUCGUUGAGGAUAACGAGGACACUGUGAUCUAUUAG